UAUGGCCGAGGGGAAGCAGGGCUGGACGGCCUUGCUGAUGCUCAUCUGUGUGUGCAUCACCGUGGGCACCGUCAUCCCCAUUGGCUAUGCGUUUGGCGUAAUGAAUGCUCCCUCUGCGUUCAUCAGGUUGUGGAUAAUGGAAUCUGCUUUAGCCCGAUACUCAUCGCUGCUGGGCGAUUCGCAGAUGACGAUAUUGAUGUCGGCCGUGGUCUCCAUAUUCCUGGUCGGCGGCAUGCUCGGUGCUCCAUUCGCUCCCAUCUUUAGUGCCCGGUUAGGACGUCGAGGAAUCCUGAUUCUCAGUGGAUUGCUCAUUCUGGUAUCCUGCAUCUGUCAGCUAUUCUGCCGCUUGGCGAACUCGAUUGAGAUGCUCUUGCUGGGUCGCCUGAUAGGAGGAUUUUCCGCCGCCCUGAUCUACGCCACCCAGCCCAUGUACUUGGUUGAGCUAGCCCCGGCGGAACUUAGCGGCAGCGUCGGCGUCUUCACCUGCAUUGGGAUCACCGGAGGUAUCGUCUUGGGUCAGAUCGUCAGCUUCGACUUUGUUCUGGGCACAGAGAAGCUGUGGCCCUACGCCCUGGCCUUUUCCGGCGUAUUCGUGAUAAUCGGAUUGUCGCCCAUCUUUUGGUUCCCCGAGAGUCCGCGCUUCCUGAUGUCGCAGGGCAAGAGGGAGAAGGCCAGGAUCACGCUGCUGCGUCUGCGCAGGGAUGAGGAACGCGUGAAAGCGGAGAUGGCGGAGUUUGAGGGCUCCGCAGAGGCAGGGGGUCAAAAGGUCACCACAAAGGAUGUGCUGUGCAAUAGUAAGCUCAAGAUGCCGCUGAUCAUAGUGAGCUCCUUUCACUUUGUCCAGCAGAUGAGUGGCAUUAAUGCGAUUUGGUUUUACUCCGUGGACAUUUUCACCCGAUCCGGAUUCACUAUUACUGUGGCUUUGUGGCUUAACUUCGCCUUGGGAUUUCAGAAUUUUAUAGUCGCCCUCUUUGGCCCCUUGAUGAUGAGAAGGGUAAACAGGCGACUCAUGAUGAUGCUGUCGUGCCUCUUCUGUGCCAUCUUCUUGACUCUACUUGUCGUUGGCCUGAAACUAAUGGUAUCUAUGCGUGAGUUCUCAUACGCCUGCAUUGCCUUCCUGGCGCUCUAUAUCCUUGCUUUUAACGUGGGUCUUGGUGCGAUUCCCUACUUUAUUGGUUCAGAGAUUUUUGAGCCUGCUCCGCGUCCUUCGGCGAUGGCUUUUGGAAGUUUCUUCAACUGGCUGGCUAACUUCCUGCUUGGCAUGAUAUUUCCCAUCCUGAAUUCGGCGAUUGGACCUUACGCUUUCUUAUUUUGCGCUGCUUUCUGCGUUUACGGAUUACUGCUGACCUGUCGCUAUCUGCCGGAGACGAGAAACCGCGAACCCAAGGAUGUGGCACCGCUGAUGGAAAACGGCUUCAGGUCCAAGAUAAAGUAG